AUGAAGGUGGUCAAGAGAGGAGUCUUGCUGUUAACUCUGACGAUGAUUCUUGGAACAACUUCUAGAAAAAACGCUGUAAAAACGUUGAUAACAAUGAUUGAUAUGUUGAAAUGGAGAAAAUUGAAUUUAUUUUACGAUGAUAAAAUUCAUAACAAAUUUAUAGAUGAGAUUUUAAAGUAUUUGGAUGAUACAGAGGCUCAAAGGAAUUUGAUAAACCUUGGUGAGAUAUCUGCAUCAAGAUUGGAACAAACUUUGAUGAAAAUUCAUGCAUCAGAUUUUCCUGAUAUUCAUUUUGUGUACUUAGCUGGAGUGAACCAUUCAAAAUCUUUGGAAUUCAUAAGAAGUGUAAAUAAUUAUGACUUGAAUUCGAAUAAAACAACAGAUUUCAGAUCUAAAUCUCAAUGGAUUUUAAUUGUUUCCUCUUCUUUUGUCUCUGAGUUAAAACAAGUUCUUUUAGAUUUAUGCCACGUCGUUCUUGUCGUUCCAUUGCAAGGUGGGUGUGUUGAAGUUAAAACGCUGGUUAAAACACCAACUGGGCCGAACUUUGUCAACGUGAGACCAGAUAAACUGAGAAUUAAAGAUGAUCUCUUUCCGAAUAUCAAGUAUGGAUACAAUGGAAGGAAUUUGAUAUUGGGCAUGGUUCCAUAUUUCUAUAUAAGAAGUCAUAUUAUGAAUAACGGCUCCAUAAAGUAUGUCGGUUGGAUGAUGGACUUAUUGGUUCAGUUAGCUCAUACUUUGAAUUUCACUUACAUUGAGUAUGAAAGUGAUGACUACAAAUAUUUGAUUCAGAAGACAAUCCGGCGAGAAAUCGAUGUUUUAUAUGGCGAAUAUAUUUUAACCCAGGAGAGAUCUCGCUUGAUGCAUUUUAUUAACCCUCCUAUGAAGUACGACGCUGUGGUAGUGUUAUACAGGAAGAUAAAAGAGGACAAGAAAACCGGUUGGAUUGGAAUUUUAAGACCCUUUGAAUACAACGUAUACUACAUUAUAAUAAUCGCAUAUAUUAUAAUUACUUGUGUGUACACCCUGGUAGAAUACAUCGCUAUGCGUAGCUUUCGAAAGUCAACAAAAGUUUCAAAAAACCUGAAGGAAAUUCCAUUUGGACUUUUUGGUUCCCUUUUCCAGGAAGGUGGUCAUUUACAACCAAAAACGGACACUGGAAGAAUAUUAUUAGCCUCUUGGUGGUUAUUCUGUGUAGUGAUCGCGUCGUCUUAUUCGGCUUAUCUGAUAUCGUCUUUGGUGUUCGAACCAGAAAUAGAACCAUUCAGUAGUUUACAGCAGCUUGUUGAGCUACCUGACUGGAAGAUUGGUAUUCCAGGAGACACUGGUGUUAUUGACAUGUUCAAAAAUUCUUCAGAUGAGACAAUUAAACUAUUGUGGCACAAAAUUCAGAAGUCUAACACGACGCAGCUUUUUAGUCUGGAUACAAAUAUAACUCGUCAGUAUGAAAGGGUGAAGAAGACUGAAAAGUAUGCCUUCGUGUUUGCAGAUGGCCUCAGAAGUAUCGAUAAUAAAGAUGACUGUUUUUCCACCAUGAGGAUUGGUUUAUCUGUUCAAGUCAGCUUUUAUGUUCCCCUUCAGUCGCCACUCAUACGGGACAUGGAGCAGACUGUAUCCCGUUUUUCCGACAACGGCUUGCUUAAUAUGUUGUUCAAAGCAGAUCUCAGAAAACAUAGUUGUGAAUGGAACAAUCAGUUAAUAAGUAAACAGAAAGACCAGACUAUUGGUAUUGGUAAUCUGUUGGGGGUGUUUUAUAUUGUACCUAUUGGUGUGGUAUUCGCUAUAUUAGGACUAUUUGCUGAAUAUCUAUAUGUUAAAAUAUAUGAAUUAAGGACCAAUACUUUCAACAAAUAA